AAGUCAUACUGAGCACUAUGCACACUCCUUAUGAGAUCCAGAAACAGAUGUGGAGGGAUACUCCAUACCUUAAGAAACCAGGCAAGGCCUGUUGAAGAUGCAUUGGACUCCAGAGCAUGCCCAGGGGACAGAGCAGUAUCUCGAUAUCUCAUUUACAAUGUCUUCUCUAGCUCACAAAAUAGAAGAGAACCAUCUCACUCAGCAGCAGUCCCGAUAUGAGUGGGCAAAUGAUGACAUUUCUGCACUGACGGCCUCUAAUUUGCUCAAGAAAUAUGCGGAGAAGUACUCUGGGAUUGUGAACUCUUCAUGUGAGAGGCCAGAGCUAAAUCCUUACAUAGAUGCUCCUCUUGGGCCAAUUAAUGAACAGAAGAAUGAAAAUGAUGCCUGGCAAAUGUCCCUUCGUGAGCAGGGAACAUUUUCCAUGAAUUCAAUAGACGAUGGCCUUGCCGGCAGUAAAGCAAGAACUAAUUCUACCCUCCCACCAGGAAGUGGCAGUGUUGGGAUCGGAAGUUCCUCUGUGGUGACCAGCAGUCUUUCCGAACCUUGCUAUCCAAGUAACACAAGUGGCCCUAUCUCUGCCUCACGUAUUCAAUCCUGCCUUGUACCAAUUGGAACAUCUCAGGAGUGUUCAUCGGGCUACAGUGCAACUUAUUCACCCUCAGACUACCUCAACCAAGCGACAUCAGCAGUUCCUUCCUCUCUUACUGCAUCUUUAAAUAGUUCAGGUCUUCUACAGCCAGUACAUCCCAUGCCCACUAUAGUGCCAUCUUAUAAUUCAAGUUUAGCUGGAGUAAACUCAAUCUACAACUCCCCCUCAAACCAUUACCCUUCUCAGUCAAGCACUGGCCCUGGUUGCUCAGGCGUGCAUCUUCCAUCUUUGGGUACUCCUAUUCAUCUUCCAUCCUCGUCCCGACAUUCUAUAGUCCCUAGAUAUACCUACCGAAGCCACAGCUUGAACAAGGACUCCCUGUCUCCUGUGACCAAUGGCUCAAAUGGUGCUUUGAAAAGAAAAGCUUUCGAUAUAACACCAAAAGAGGAUGAGGGUAUGAGUAGAUACAGUUACGGACAGCAAAGGAUUGCUUCAGGUUUGUACCAGAUGCCAAAUGACGUGGCGCUUGAUGAGUGUCAAGGUAAUCACUUCGGUAGAAAUGGUGACACAUUGCCUGUAGAAUUCAAAUCGAGGAAGCAACGUAUUGUGAAUGACCUUAUCGAUAAAUACAGUGACCAUGAUAAGAAAAGGGUACCGUCUCCACCAUAUAAUAGUGAACAACUUCUGCGUCAGUCAAGGUCAUGCGAAGCUUUUGUGAAGUUCACACCUGCAUUAUUGGACGGAGAAGUGGUGAGUGAGCAAGACUGCAUUCUUCCUCACCAAUUGCAGGCUCAGAGAGCUGAGGCAGUUACUGCGAGCAAUCAGUUGGAGGAGCAAUUGAAAAGCCUGGAUUCUCAACUCAUAAGCUUAGUAACCAACGAAAUUGUUGAUUCGAGUCCUCCAGUGCAAUGGGGUGAUAUUGCUGGACUGGAUACUGCAAAAGCAGUGAUUGAACAACAAGUACUGUGGCCCUUGUUGAGGCCGGAAGCUUAUAGUGGUGGAAAUGGAGCACCAAAAAGCAUUCUGCUCUUUGGACCUCGUGGUGGAGGCAAAACAAUGCUCACGAGAUGCAUUGCCACUCACCUAGGGGCAACUUUCCUGAAGGUCAGUGGGUCUUCCUUCAUCUCCAAGUGGAAGGGAGACGGAGAGAUGAUCCUACAGGCUAUGUUUCUCAUAGCUCGGUCUCGUCAACCCUCUGUUAUCUUUAUCAAUGAACUUGAUGUCAUGCUGUCUAACCCUGUGGGUAAAGAAAGCAUCCAUCUUAAUUCUAUUAAAGCCAAAUUACUGUCUCAUGUAGAAGGUGUGGUGAACUCGAGCAGUGACCAUAUUAUAGUCAUUGGAGGUACGAGGCACCCAGAUGAUAUUGAGGAGACCAUCCACAGGUACUUCAUAAAGCGGCUUUAUAUCUCUCCGCCCGACAGCAUUGCAAGACGCCAAAUUUUAAUCUAUACCUUGUCCCAACAAGACCAUUGCCUCAGUGAUGGGGAAAUUAGCUUGAUUGUUCAGAAUACAGAGGGAUAUUCAGGGAGCGAUCUCAUGCAACUAUGCCGGGAAGCAGCUUUAGAGCAAGGAGAUGGUCAGUUAAAGGCUGCCACCUACAAAGACUUUGAAAAUGCUUUUUGCAAAGUCCGUCCCAGUGUUUCCCAAAAGGAGCUAAAGUUGUACACAGAAUGGAGCAAGUCGUUUGGGUCUUGUGUCUGA